CCCCGUCCCCCGCGCCGCGCCCGCGGCCGCCGCCCCCUCCUCCUCCGGCACACGCGCACGCAGGUGCAGCCCUCGCUGCGCCGGCCACCUGCGCGCGGACGCCCCGCUCGGCCCCGCGACCCUCCGCUGCCCGACGUCUGGCCGUGCAGGCCGGGAGGGGACGGGUAGGAGGUGGCGGGUGGCCCCCCGGGCGCGGCGCUGCCUUCGAUGGCCCAACCCCCUUAUUCACGAGCCGCGGCCGUGACUCUGCCCGGUGACGUGGGGAGGCCGAACUUUACGUAACCCGCCCGGCGCCCCACGCGUGCCGGCACAGGGCAUAUCUGGGGCCCGGAGGCCCAGGCUUGGGGAAGGGGCUCCAGUCACGGUGUUGCCCACGGGCCACUGCCUACCCGCACCGCGCCGCUCUCUUUAACUCAGUUACUGCCAGUGAUAGUGACCCAGUCAGUGUGUGUGGACGCGGCCUCCCUUCUGUCCCAGGCCCCUUGUGACCAAGGGCUUACCCUUGAAAGAAGGCAGUAGGGAGCUUGGGACGGAGCCAGAGGUCAGACGCCUAGGCUCAGGUCGGGGCUGGGGACUCAGGGCAGGGUCAGGGCUCAAGCUCGAUUGCCUGUGGGUUGGGGGUCCCCACCAAUUCUGGAAUGAGCCCAAACUGAGACGCAGGGGACCUGAGUUCUAGGCCUGGCUCUGCCGUGGCUUGCUGACCUUGGAGAAUUGGAGAAGCUUGUGCCCUGCUGGAAAGUGGGAUGGCAGUACCCGCUUCAUCUAGUAGUCGGGGAGAUCAAGAGAGGUAUGGGACCUGAAGAGGAUGGCAGACUGUGCAGUGCGGUGCACACCGGUCUCCAGGUUGUUUUCACCCUCCUGUCUCCUCCCAGGAGCUAACGUAUGAAGCUGAGGCUCGGCCAGGGACAGUGAUAUACCCACAUCCCCGGAACUAGGUGAUCGCGGUGCAGGAACCAGGUGUGCCUUCGCGGGAUCCAUGCCUUGAGGCCCAGGAGCGCCCCGCCGCCAGCAUGCCGUGGGACGCGCGGCGGCCUGGGGGUGGCGCGGACGGCGGGCCCGAGGGCUCGGGCGCGGCGCGCUCGCGAGCGCAGAAGCAGUGCCGCAAGUCGUCGUUCGCCUUCUACCAGGCGGUGCGCGACCUGCUACCCGUGUGGCUGCUGGAGGAUAUGCGCGCCAGCGAGGCCUUCCACUGGGACGAGCGCGGGCGCGCCGCCGCCUACUCGCCCUCUGAGGCGCUGCUCUACGCGCUCGUGCACGACCACCAAGCGUACGCGCAUUACCUGCUGGCCACGUUCCCGCGGCGCGCGCUCGCACCGCCCAGCGCCGGCUUCCGCUGCUGCGCGGCUCCCGGGCCGCACGUGGCGCUGGCAGUGCGCUACAACCGCGUGGGCAUUCUGCGCCGCAUCCUGCGCACCUUGCGCGACUUCCCGGCCGAAGAGCGGGCGCGCGUGCUGGACCGGCGUGGCUGCAGCCGCGUGGAGGGCGGUGGCACGUCGCUGCACGUGGCCUGUGAGCUGGCGCGCCCCGAGUGCCUCUUCCUGCUGCUGGGCCACGGCGCCUCGCCCGGUCUGCGCGACGGCGGCGGCCUCACGCCUCUCGAGCUGCUGCUGCGCCAGCUGGGCCGCGACGCCGGGGCCACUCCCUCCGCCGCCGGAGCCCCCGCCUCAGCUCCAGGGGAGCCGCGCCAGCGCCGCCUGCUGCUGCUGGACCUCCUGGCGCUGUACACCCCCGUGGGUGCCGCCGGCUCGGCCCGCCAGGAGCUGCUGGGCGACCGGCCGCGCUGGCAGCGGCUGCUGGGUGAGGACAAGUUCCAGUGGCUGGCGGGCCUGGCGCCGCCCUCGCUCUUCGCGCGCGCCAUGCAGGUGCUGGUCACCGCCAUCUCUCCAGGCCGCUUCCCCGAGGCCCUGGACGAGCUGCCGCUGCCCCCAUUCCUGCAGCCGUUGGACCUCACUGGCAAAGGCUAGGCCCGGAGCACCCUAGGCGCUGGAUUUUGGGACAAAACUAUUUUUCAGAGCGUUGUACUGGCACUUUAUAUAUAUGAUCUCUGUACGGCACAAUCUCUGCCUCAUCUGUCGCAUGCACUGGGGGCUGGGCUUGGAUGGUCAGGUGAGUUCCAAGUGGCAGGUUUUCUGGGUGCAGCUUGGCUUGGGCCUUCAGCUCACUGUCCAGCCCCUGAAAGGAGUGAGGACUAACCUCCCACCUUGAUCUAGAGCCUCGGACAGGUGUGCGUCCCAGAUGGGUGACAGCUGAGUGCCGCAGGAGCUGGGUAGGUGCAGGGGUGGGAACUGGCAAUGUCCAAGCAGCAGGACAGCGUAUAAAAAGGCCUGGAAGCCAAGAGAACGAGCUCUGCAGCGUAGGGUUCUCACGGGAGGUCCUGUGCGGUCAGCCUUUUGCACCCUGUGGACUCCGGGCCAGGGAGGGCACACAGGGCUGGCAGGCCCGCGGUGGCUGGUGUUGAGGCAUGAACAAAUUGUAUCGGGUAUCCCCCACCCCACUCUGACCACCAGUUCCUCCUUGGAUAUCACUCCCCCUGACAGGCAGCCCACCCAGGCCUGGAUUUGUCCCUGUCUCCCCCUUUUGCUUUUCCCCCAUGACUAAUGGGCACCAGGUCUUGCUGCUCCUGCUUCUCACCUCUGCAGUGGCAGCAGGCCCCUGGCCCCAGCUGCAUGCCGGUCAGUGGGGUUGGAUGUGCCUUCCUCCAGGCCUGCCCUCUGUCCAAGCCCGGAGUGGGCUUGGUGGGCUCCCUGGUGGCCCCCAGUGGGUGCCAGGUGGUGCCCGGGGUUAUUGAGGGGUGGUUGUAUCACUGUAGGGACAGGCUUCUUGCCCCAGCCUGGAGAGCUCUUUUCUUCAGGAAGGUUCUGGAGAUGGAGACUUGUUCGUGAAUUCACCACAACUCCAGGCUGAGAGGCUGGGUCUACGCCCUCAGAGCCGAGAGACCAGGGAGGAUAGCCAGGCUGCCCUGCCUGGGAAUUCUGCUGGGCCGUGAAAUUCAACCCGCACCAACGUGGGCAGGAGGGCCACAGUGUCCUGCCAGGAGCAGAGGGCUGAAGGUCUGCCGGAGGAAGAGCCACUAUCCUGGUGGGGGGCACCUGCUGCCCACCCUGCCCCCAGUGUGCCUGGGGGGAGCACACCUGGGCAUGGAGGAGUCCAGGGUGCUGGGCCACACAAGAGAGGUGGGGGAGAGGCCUGGACAGUAGGAAGAUCUUGCCCAGGGUCCUGGAUCCGCCACUCUGGGGGUGACCUUGGACAAACCUCUGCCUUGGCCCUCAGUCUCCCCAUCAAGGUUUUUCCAUUCAGGAGGUUUUGGGCCAUCUUCAGCCACCCUACCAGCCCUGAAAAGGAUGUGACUCCUGUUUCUGGGAAGUGUGUGGUGUGUUAGGUGGGCACACAGCCCUGGUUGUGGGGAGGGAAGGAUGGAGAGACAGCACGGUAACAGAGCCCAGACUGCAGGCUGGAGUGAGGGCUCCACUUCCCCGCUGCUGUGUGUCCUGGACCAGUGCCUCUGAACCUUGGCACUUGGGGCAGUGGAUAUUAACAUCUUUCCAAGCCCAAUUCUUGGGGCAUCAGGGCCUCCGGUCCUCUGGGAGGUGGCAGGUCCUCAGAUCGGAGAUGCCAUGGGAGGGGGGAGGUGCCUCUCCUUUGGAGGGUAUGGAAGUGGAGACAGGAGUGGCCUGGCGCAGCUGCCGUGGUUCUUAGGGGCUGGGCCCGGGGAUCCCAUGGGGUUUGUGCCUAGGAAGCCUGGGAUCCUUGCUGGGGUCUAGACGUGCAGGCUUCAUGUCUCCCCAGCUCCAGCUCUGUUCUCUAUAGGUCAGCCUCCACAAUGCCAGAGGCCCAGGGCUAGCCCCCUCCACGUCCCUCCUAGAUCUACAGCUGCCCCUUUGAUGACAGCGCCAUUGAGUCCCCUGGGCUGGGGGGUCAUGCAGGGGUGAGGCAGCUGCCUGCCGCCAGUACUCAUUGCCUGGCCAGGCAGGACACAGGCUGGCGGGCACUGAGAGUGGGCCCCACGAAAUCCAUUGUCAGGUUACCAGGAUGAGGCACCCAGGCUGGUCGUGGAGUGCAGGGCGGGGCCUGCCGGAAGAAUUAUGGGCACUGCAGCAGAAGGGCAGCCUGGGCCAUUAGCUCCUGAUGUCAUCGAUUUGGGUGAGGGGACAGGGAAGUCAGAGGAAGCUGGCCAGUGGCUCUCACGCAGACUUACGGCAGCAGAGUGGUGCCUGAUUCCUGGUACCGCUGCUCCCACUGAGUCUCCAGGGUUCUGUGGUUCAGGACCCCCUGCAACCCCCUCCCAGACCCCUGUACUGGUGGGAGGAGAGGACCUAGAGGAAAGGUGCUGGGCAGAUAAGCAGCCGAGGGCGGCCCUGGGUUUGGCUUAUCAGUCUUCUGGGCCCUCCUGCCCCAGGAAGGGCAGCGAGGACCAUGGUGUUGCCCCUGUCAUCGUUAUCGUCCUGGCCAUGAGCUUGCAGGACUGGGAGGGCCGGAGUCAGCCAGGCAGACAGCAGCACAGCAUUUGCCUGUUGGCAGGUGGCCUUGGUGGCUUCCCAAAGGCAAUCGCUCCACGCAGAACAAAACUCACUUUUUUUGGGGGUGAAGCACCUUGGUUCAUUUGUUUAGUUCAUUAAUUCCAGCAGUCUGUUUCUAAGGGAAACAUGGCUGCAGCCGGUCCUGCCCCUCCACCCACCCACCAGGUGCCCAGUGUUCCCAAGGGCCCCGAAUCCCAACCUUAUUCGGGCGUCAGCAUCUCUGCACCCCAAAUGCCUGUUAGGGAGGAUAGUGAAGGCUGAGCCCUCCUGGGCUCAUCAAAAGCCAGCAGUGAGAGACCACCCCCAUCUCUCUGAGAUGACCUUGUAGGGCAGUCCGUGCUGUCUGGCUGGCCUGGGCGAGGUGGGCAGGGACCAAGGCCUGGCGCCUGGGCCUCGCUGGCCUUGCUCUGCAUGCUGACUUCAUCCCGAUAGUACCUUGAUUUUCCUACUGUGACUUCCCCUUCUGUCGACUUCCUCACCAACUUUAAAAUUCCGUAUUGAGAGCAGUUUCCUAAGUUACCUCAAAUCCUAUUCAGAAGAAGGUUCUUCCUGGAAGUUGGGAGGGCGGAAAACAAGUUUAGUCACAGAAGACUACUCCAUGUUUGAGCUUCUGUUUCAAGGGAAGUGAGUAACUGCCGGAGGAGCCCUGCCCCUCUGCAGUGUGUGGUGUUGGCCUGAUACUUUUCAGAUUGAGGUGUUACUUACAUGUAAUAAAAUGCACAGACUUAAGUGUA